CAAAUUGCUUGUUAUGAUUCACUAUCUAGUUGUUGGGGACCCUCUAUCCACAACCACAAGGUAGGUUCACCGUUGCUGAACUAUAUAUAUAUAUACCAUCCACUUUUCACUACUCAAUCCUCAUUCAUUUUUCUUCACUUCACUGAAACUCAUACCACUUCCUCUGUUUUCCCCUGUUUUCUUUUUUUUUUCACCAUUAUUUUAAAAAAGAGAAAAAGAAUGUCAUCGUUAAGCGUGUGUCAAGGGUUACAAUCAUGUCUUGAACCCCGUGUGAUUGAGCCACGUGUCAUUAGGCUGAAAUUGGCUCCACCAGGUUCCAAAAUUGCUCCUCCACCCUCGGAAUCCGAGUCCCACCAACAAGAACAACCUGAUGAGAAAAAGGACAUGGCUGCUGGCAGUGGUGACUGGAGUUUCCUUCAAGCACUCUCACACCACCCUACUUCUCAAUGUAAUGAUCAUAAUAACGAUGACAAAGUUUAUGUUCAUCCAACAGUUAAACGCUCCUCUUCAAUGCUCAGUGCUAAGAGCUUAGAAAUGUGCACUGAAAGCCUCGGAAGCGAAACAGGUAGCGAUCAAAAUUCUCUCUUCAUCUCUGAGAUUCACGAGACUCAUCAGAGUAGUAACACAACUUUGAUAAAGCAUAGAAAGAGAUCGCCUCACGGCCGCGGGGCUCGAAGCUUUCCACCGCCUCUUACUUCCAUCACUCAUCUAAUGCCUCACCGCCAUGACGGCAGGCUCGUCUUGGAAGCCGUCGCCGUCGCUUCUCCUCCUCCGGAGAGUGGCGCUUACUUUCACGCUGAACGCAGCCAUGGCAGGCUCAGGCUUCGGCUUUCCCUCCCCGAGGAGAGUGAAAGCGAAGAGGAAAAAGAUAAAGACGACAAAGAUGAAGAAGAAGAUGAAGAAGAGUCUGUAGAGAAUAGUGUGGAGGAGGGAGUAGUGAGAAAGUUUGGGAGAGGCAUGAGUAAUGGCGGCAGGUGCAAGGAAGGCGGGAAUCCAAACUUUUUUGGUGCUGAUUCCUUCUUUGAUCUCAUCAGGACAAGUAUAGUAUAGUAUAGUACAAUAAUAUUAUUUCUAUUCUCUCAUCUAUCUUAGGAUUGGUUAGCUCCUUCAUUUUUUUCUGAAUCUUCUAAUUGGUAGUUAUUAUAGUUAUUAGUUACUGUUAGUUCCUGUUGCUCUUGCUCACUAUCGUCCUUCUAUAUCUAUGUAUUAUAAAUUGCUUCCUUUCAUAACUAUAAAAACUUUGAUUUGCUAAUGCCAACACAUACAUACACUAGACAUUAAAACAAGGAUAUUUAAUUUCUGAGUAAAUAAAUAAAAUAAAAGUUUUAGUUGUUCAAAAUAGUAGUAGAGCCAGCUAGCUAGCACUAAAACGCAAUUAUAACUAAGUAACUAACUACCUUGAAGAAUGAAAUUAAAUAUGAGUAGUUGUGUAUAUAGUAUCAGCAAUAACAUGAAAGAUAAGUGAUGAAUCAUCACUACUCACGCGUUUGAUGUUUGGAACGGAUGAAAUGAAAUGAUGUAUUCCUUCCUUCAUUCCUUGCUUCCCCUACAUCAAUGUCAGUUAACAACAUGGGUGGUGGUGGGCUUGGAAUCUAGCAAGCUAGCUCAUCAUGGGGAUCUUCUAGCUAUCAAAGUGCAUGGCUACUUAAUGUGGUAAUAAAUCAAAACGGGGGUCACUUGAAAAAAGUAGAAUUGUUACACGUACACUCAUGCAUCAUCAUCCAAUAGAAAUCAAACCUAAAAGUCUAAAACCCCAAGUUGUGGUGUUUGUGUACGGACACAGUACCAAGCAAUGCCCAGUAACUAUCAAAAAGGAGAAUAGGGUCCCCAAAAAACACUGUAACAUGGACUCAUUUCAUCACCUAGGUAUCACCCAUGUGCUUCCCCUUAUCCACCAAUCAUGUUACCAACACACACAUCGCAAAUUGGAAAAAAAUAUUAUCUAUCAUGACCCUACUACUCCCUUCCCUUUAUUAAAGAAUGGUAUAUUCUUCUAUCACAUCCUAUGGUGUCACCUUUUAUAAUUUGAAUUUAAUUUUCAAUCAAAAGCUCUCUUCAACUACAUGAUUGGUAAUUAAGAAGUUGGGUGUGGGAUUCUUUAAGAGAGGGAGGAAUCGAAGGCAGUGACAAAUCGUGGAGUGUGGCCAACCAGAAGUUAACUAAAUUUGUUGAGAGGGAAGAAACUACUAUAUAAGCAAUGACAGUGAAACGAAACUUUCAACCAUUCACAUGCAUGCAAGAGGUUUUUGGUCCCUAACAUCAUGUGCUUUUUGGAACCUUAGUUGUAAGGUAUAUAGCCUCUUUAUUAGGCACAUAUUCUCUCACCAUAUCAUUUCACGGUAAGAAAAAUCUUCCCGAGCAAAUCAGCAUGUCCCUUAAU